AUGACCAGCAAGCGCAAGCGCGAGGCCGAUGGCGCCAUGUUCUCGGGCGCGCGCUUCUCCUUCGGCUUCCAAGCAUCGGGAGACGACGACGACGACGACGGCGCGGAUGCACCGCCGGCAGUCGCUGCGCACCCGUCGUCUGCCUCCAUCCGCGCCGCGUGCAAC